AUGAAGCAUAAAACUCUAUUAUCAUAUGGAAAAGUUAAUUGCUUUUGAGUUUUCUCUACUUGUUGAGGUUGAGGCAACAGUGUUUUUUCUUGUUCCUAGCUAUGGUGGAUUGUUUUGGUCCAUCGCCCUUGGAUCCAGAUGAAGGCUCACGCUAUUGGAAAUGGAUGGAGAAGAAGAAAACGAAGGCUAGAGAUGGUGGUAUUUUACGAAUCAGCCCUAUCUUGAUUGUGCUUAUGUUGCAAAUAUGCAGAGUUGAUGCACAAGCUUGUCAGCUUCCUCAAGCUGAAGUGCAAGCUCUUCGCGAAAUUGCAGCGCAACUGGGAAAAAAAGAUUGGAAUUUUCUAGUAGACCCUUGCAGUGGUGAAUCCAGCUGGGCGACGCCAAAACCCGAAAGCAUGCUACUUUACAACAAUAGUAUCUUCUGCGAGUGCCUGGAUGGCGUAUACCAUGUUGUUCGCAUAAUUCUCAAAGGGCAAGAUCUUGAUGGUAUGCUUCCACCAUCAAUUGUGAAGCUGCCUUUCUUUAAGGAACUUGAUCUAACUCGUAACUAUCUUAGUGGCAAUAUACCGCGAGAAUGGGUUUCUACUAAACUGGAAAUUUUGUCCAUCUCAGUGAACCGCUUAACUGGUCAGGUUCCAAGUUACUUGGGAGAUAUCACCUCGCUCAAAUACUUGAACUUGGAUAACAAUCUCUUUUAUGGGACUGUUCCUGCUGAGCUCGGAAACUUGGUUGAUUUGGAAGUUCUCAUUCUUACUGCAAACAAUCUCUCUGGAUCAUUACCUCAGAAUCUCGCUAAGAUCACCAAAUUAAGAGAUUUUAGCAUUAGCAGUAACAACUUCAGUGGAAAAAUACCCAGUUUUAUUCAGAGUUGGAAACGACUUGAGAGGCUAGAGAUCCAAGGAAGUGGUCUUGAAGGGCCCAUUCCCUCUAGCAUAUCUGUCUUGACCAAUUUAACUGAUCUAAGGAUCAGUGACCUACUUGGGGAAGGUUCUAAGUUUCCAUAUUUACGAAGCAUGACAAAUAUGAAUUAUCUGAUGUUGAGGAGCUGCGGUAUGGCCGAAACUUUCCCUGACUAUAUAAUGAAAAUGGCAAAUCUGAAAAUUCUAGAUCUCAGUUUCAAUAAAUUGACUGGAAAUCCUUCAGAGCCAACAAAUGAUGAUGCCUUGUCAAUCUGUCUUUCAAACAAUUUGCUAAGUGGACCCAUCCCAGACUGGAUCAUCACCAGAGCAAGGAAAGGUGCAACCGAUAUUUCUUACAAUAAUUUUUCUGAAACUUCUGUCCAAGAUGCUUGUCGAGAUAAUCUGAAUUUGUUCAAAAGCUCUUCUGGAGGGAACAAUUUAAAAGCUGUGGAGUGCUCGGGCAAUAAUGCUUGUUCAAAAGAUCGAUAUUCAUUGCAUAUAAACUGCGGUGGAAGUGAAAUCACUAUUGGGAAGCUCAGGUAUGAAGCAGAUAAAACGUUCGGAGGCGAAGCACAACAAAUCUCCUUGAAAGACAAUUGGGAAGUUAGUACCACUGGCCGUUUUUGGGAUAUGAAAGAAAACAAACCAAACAUGUUUAUAGCAGAAAAUGUGUCCAUACUGAGUAUGAACAACUCCGAAUUGUACACAAGUGCACGUCUGUCUCCCCUCUCUCUCACAUACUAUGCACGUUGUUUAGCAAAUGGGAAUUACACUGUGAAGCUUCACUUCGCGGAGAUAGUAAUCAGAGAUAACAGAUCCUUCCAAAGUCUGGGAAGACGGAUAUUUGAUGUUUAUAUCCAGGAUGAAAUCGUGUUGGAGGAUUUUGAAAUCAAGAAGAAAGCACCAGGGGUCGAUAAAGUACUAAUUACACCAUUUAAGGCAGUUGUUAAGGAUGGAAAUCUAGAGAUCCGCCUUCGAUGGGUUGGGAAAGGAACAACUACUGCCCCACAAAAAGGAAUAUAUGGUCCUCUCAUAUCUGCUAUUGACGUGGAAGCUGAUUUUAAGCCUCCUUUUGACUGGAAGAAGUACAUAGUGGCUGGAGCCGUUGUUUUGCCAUUACUCCUCAUUUUCAUCAUUGUAGGCACUCUUUGGUGGAAAGGCUGUUUAGGAGGCAGGAUAUCAAGGCAAAAAGAUCUUAAAGGGCUUGAUCUGCAAACCGGUUCCUUCACUUUGAGACAACUGAAAGCUGCCACUAACAAUUUUGAUUCUGCAAACAAGAUUGGAGAAGGUGGUUUUGGAUCUGUAUACAAGGGUGAAUUAUUAGAUGGCACCAUUAUAGCUGUGAAGCAACUGUCAUCCAAAUCCAGGCAAGGAAACCGUGAGUUUGUGACUGAAAUAGGAAUGAUAUCUGGUUUACAGCACCCAAAUCUGGUAAAGCUUUAUGGAUGUUGUAUUGAAGGAAGUCAGUUACUGCUGGUAUACGAGUAUAUGGAAAACAAUAGCCUGGCAUAUGCACUCUUUGAUUCAGAAACAAGUUCUCUGAUGUUGGAUUGGGCAACAAGGCAGAAGAUUUGUGUAGGAAUAGCAAGAGGCCUAGCAUUUCUCCAUGAAGAAUCAACACUCAGGAUCAUCCAUAGAGACAUCAAAGCAACCAAUGUCCUGCUUGAUAGGGAUCUGAAUGCCAAGAUAUCGGAUUUUGGACUAGCAAAGCUCUUUGAGGAGGAGAAUACUCACGUUAGCACCAGAAUUGCAGGAACUAUAGGAUAUAUGGCUCCAGAAUAUGCACUCUGGGGUUAUCUGACUGAAAAGGCAGAUGUUUACAGCUUUGGGGUUGUUGCUCUGGAAAUUGUCAGUGGAAGGAGCAAUGCCAGUUACAGGCCGAAAAGUGAUGCUGUUUGCCUUCUUGAUUGGGCCUUUAUUUUGCAACAGAAAGGAAAUUUAAUGGAGAUAGUGGACCCAAGGUUAGAGUCCGAAUUCAACAGGGAAGAGGCUGAAAGGAUGCUUAAAGUGGCUCUUUUAUGCACCAAUGCAUCACCAAUGAUAAGGCCUACAAUGUCAGCUGCUCUGAAUAUGCUUGGAGGACAAAAAAGCAUUGAGGAAGUGGUAUCAGAUCCUAGCAUUUAUGCUGAUGAUAUGCGAUUUAAACCCCUCAAGAGCCAUUACCAACAAAUUUCACACGGUGGUUCAAGCACAAGCCAGGUACCAAUUUUUUCAUCAGAUGAUACAGGUGUUGGAUCUUCCACUACAUCUGGUCAUGAUCUCUACCCCGUUAAUCCUGAGUCCACAAAUUUGAACUUCAGUGAAACUUCACCACUUUCAUGCUAGUAUUAAGUUCAAUAAGCAAGAUAGUUUCAGAAUUUCACAUGGUUCAUGUACUAGGUGAAUUUAUUUUGCUGUAAUAUAAUUCUCUUCUCGUCAGUGUUUCUAAGCUUCCAAAUAGUAUAACUAGUUUCAUGUUUUUAUACUGGCUCAUAUGUAGUAGGAUUAGCAGUAACAAUUUCAAUAGAAAAACUCUGUUUUAUUUAGUUUUGUAUACCACUUGAAAUCUUGUAUGUAGGGGUGGCUACUGGUUGGCAUUGGCUGUUCUGCUCUAGUAUAAAUAGUUAUGUAAACGAUUUGACAUGUUCUGUUU